AUGUCGACCGCGGUGAUUAGUGGCGACGAUGAUACUCUCGAUCCUACCCUCCAAAAUCUCAUCGACCAGAAGUCACUGCGAUGGAUAUUUGUGGGAGGAAAAGGCGGUGUUGGCAAGACCACGACCUCAUGUUCGUUGGCAAUACAAAUGGCAAAGGCUAGGAAAUCUGUUCUCUUGAUCUCGACUGAUCCAGCACACAAUUUGAGCGAUGCUUUCAGUCAGAAAUUCGGCAAAGAUGCACGACUGGUGGAGGGCUUCACAAACCUAAGUGCUAUGGAGAUUGACCCCAAUGGCAGCAUCAAUGAUCUCAUUAGCGGAGCGGGGGACGAGGCUCAGGAUGCUAUGUCUGGUCUUGGUGGCAUGGGUAACAUGAUGCAAGAUCUGGCAUUCAGCAUCCCUGGUGUCGAUGAGGCCAUGUCCUUCGCCGAAGUCCUCAAACAGGUGAAGAGUCUUUCCUAUGAGGUGAUUAUUUUCGAUACGGCGCCAACAGGUCAUACGCUCCGAUUCCUCCAGUUCCCUACGGUCCUUGAGAAAGCGUUGGCCAAAAUCUCUCAACUAUCCAGCCAAUUUGGACCGAUGUUGCAGUCAGUUAUUGGUGCUCGAGGAGGUCUACCUGGCGGCGCCAGCUUGGACGAUCUAACACAGAAAUUGGAGGCCUUGCGAGAAACCAUCGCCGAAGUCAACGGGCAAUUCAAGAAUCCAGACAUGACCACGUUUGUUUGCGUCUGCAUCGCCGAGUUCUUGUCGCUCUACGAAACAGAACGCAUGAUCCAGGAAUUGGCCAGCUACCAGAUCGACACACAUUGCAUCGUUGUCAAUCAACUCCUGUUUCCUGAGAAAUCCAACGACUGUAAACAAUGCAAUGCUAGGCGGAAGAUGCAGAAGAAAUACCUUGAUCAAAUCGAAGAGCUGUACGAUGAGUUCAAUGUGGUCAAGAUGCCGCUGCUCACUGACGAAGUGCGUGGUGUGGAAAGUCUAAAGAGGUAA